GGGGGUGCUGCCAGGCUCCGGGGAGGAGGCGGAGGCCUGGGGACAGCAGACGAGGCUUCGCCCGAGCCCAGCGCUUUUUCUUCCGCCGCGCAGUCUCGGAGCGGCGUGGGCUCGUGGGGAGCGCGAGGCGGCCGAGGUGCCCGCGGUUGGGAGGCCGGCCCUGGCGCACCCCGCGCCCGCGCCUGCUGACAGCUGCAGCUGGGCUCGAGCUGUCCGCUCCCGGCUCCGCGGCCUCCGCCCCCUCGGGCUCCCUCCCCUCCGCCUCUACCCCUCCUGCUCCGGUGCGGAUCAUUUCGCAACUGCUCGCCUCUCGCCCCGUGCCCGGCUGUUUUUCCAUUUCCCAGUCCCUCUUCUUGAGUACUUUGCCCCUGCAUUUGAGGAGAGGGGCUGGAAAGGGGGCGGGUGGAACGACCGGAGGAGAAGAAGGAAGCGAGGCCCGGAGGAGGAGGAGAAGGAGGAGGAUCGGCGGACCGUAGGGAGGAGACCCCACGCCACCCUUUCUGGUCAUCUCCCCUCCCGCCCCGCCCCUGCGCAUACUCCCUCGCCGGCGAGCUACUUUCGGACGAGGAAAGUGAGGGCGGCCCUGGGUGACAGCGCCGCGGGACUAGUCCUGGGGAAGCCGCGCGUCUGCUCGCGUCUUGUCCGCCGCGCUCCCAGCCAGGGGUACAGCCCGGACCCAGGAUGGCUUCGACUACAACCUGUACCAGGUUCACGGACGAGUAUCAGCUUUUCGAGGAGCUCGGAAAGGGGGCAUUCUCAGUGGUGAGAAGAUGUAUGAAAAUCCCUACUGGACAAGAAUAUGCUGCCAAAAUUAUCAACACCAAAAAGCUUUCUGCUAGGGAUCAUCAGAAACUGGAAAGGGAAGCUAGAAUCUGCCGUCUUUUGAAGCACCCCAAUAUUGUGCGACUUCACGACAGCAUAUCGGAAGAGGGCUUCCAUUACUUGGUGUUUGAUUUAGUUACUGGAGGUGAACUGUUUGAAGACAUAGUGGCGAGAGAAUAUUACAGUGAAGCCGACGCCAGUCAUUGUAUACAGCAGAUUCUAGAAAGUGUAAAUCAUUGUCACCUAAAUGGCAUAGUUCACAGGGACCUGAAGCCUGAGAAUUUGCUUUUAGCUAGCAAAUCCAAGGGAGCAGCUGUGAAACUGGCAGACUUUGGCUUAGCCAUAGAAGUUCAAGGAGACCAGCAGGCGUGGUUUGGUUUUGCUGGCACACCUGGAUAUCUUUCUCCAGAAGUUUUACGCAAAGAUCCUUAUGGAAAGCCAGUGGAUAUGUGGGCGUGUGGGGUCAUUCUCUACAUUCUACUGGUUGGAUAUCCACCCUUCUGGGAUGAAGACCAGCACAGACUCUAUCAGCAGAUCAAGGCUGGAGCUUAUGAUUUUCCAUCACCGGAAUGGGACACAGUGACUCCUGAAGCCAAAGACCUCAUCAAUAAAAUGCUUACUAUCAACCCUGCCAAGCGUAUCACAGCCUCGGAGGCACUGAAACACCCAUGGAUCUGUCAACGUUCUACUGUUGCUUCCAUGAUGCACAGACAGGAGACUGUUGACUGCUUGAAGAAAUUCAAUGCCAGAAGAAAACUGAAGGGUGCCAUCUUGACCACUAUGCUGGCUACGAGGAACUUUUCAGCAGCCAAGAGUUUGUUGAAGAAACCAGAUGGAGUAAAGAAAAGGAAGUCCAGUUCGAGUGUUCAGAUGAUGAUAAACAACAAAGCCAACGUGGUAACCAGCCCCAAAGAAAAUAUUCCUACCCCGGCGCUGGAGCCCCAAACUACUGUAAUCCACAACCCUGAUGGAAACAAGGAGUCAACUGAGAGUUCAAAUACAACAAUUGAGGAUGAAGAUGUGAAAGCACGAAAGCAAGAGAUUAUCAAAGUUACUGAACAACUCAUCGAAGCUAUCAACAACGGGGACUUUGAAGCUUACACGAAAAUCUGUGACCCAGGCCUUACUGCUUUUGAACCUGAAGCUUUGGGUAAUUUAGUGGAAGGGAUGGACUUUCAUCGAUUCUACUUUGAGAAUGCUUUGUCCAAAAGCAAUAAACCAAUCCACACUAUUAUCCUGAACCCCCAUGUACAUCUGGUAGGCGAUGAUGCUGCCUGCAUAGCAUACAUUAGGCUCACACAGUACAUGGAUGGCAGCGGAAUGCCAAAAACAAUGCAGUCAGAAGAGACACGUGUGUGGCACCGCCGGGAUGGAAAGUGGCAGAAUGUUCAUUUUCAUCGCUCGGGGUCGCGAACAGUACCCAUCAAAUUCAACCAGCCUGAGAUCAAAAAUUUUCAGGGGUGGAGAAAUUCCAGCCAUCUUGUAUUCCAAAUGGGAAAGAAAACUUCUCAGGAAGCACCUCUUUGUGGCAAAACAUCUAAGGCCUGAAAACCAUUCCCAUGUGGGUCUUCUAAGUAUCAACAGUGCCACUUCUGCAUUCUCUGUUCUCACCUGGAUGGUAACCCUGGGCCGUCCUCUCCUCCUCUUCAUGCAUGUUUCUGAGUGCAUGAAGUUGUGAAGGUCCUACGUGUAAUGCACAUGUGAUGCAUCAUCUUGUCAUAUAUUCCUUCCUGUACAUUGUUUACACUUCAACUAUGGAGAUGUUCCAUGCAAACUUCAAUCACUGUUGGCAAACAAUAGGGGGAGGUCAGACAAAAUUCCACAAUACUCCAAGUACAAACCUACUCAUCCGGUUUCUCUGCUUAUGCCAAGACUUAACAGACUUCAAAAUUAUCGUUCUUUGAAUGACAGUUUGUAACAGAAAUGUAAGUUUUGAAAAACUCUUUGCUGUUCAUCUGUUUUAGCUUUUUUGUUUAACAAAAAAAGGGAAAAGAAAUUACCUUCAGUUUCCUGGUGUGAUCCUGGUUGAAAUGGUUGAUAUUUCACUGAAAGCUGUGUUGCUGUUUAACAAUGAAAGGGAUUGAUACGUGGGCAGAAUCACUUAUGAAUGUGGGAGCGAGAAUCGGUGGGUUUGCUACUACCUAAAGUCAUGUCUUUUUUGGUCAAACUGUGUAAACUGGAAAAACUCACGUCAUUGACGAGUUUGAUCACUUUAGGGUAUACUUGCACUGUUCUGGUGAAAUUUGCUGAAUUUUUUGUUCCUUUCUCAAACCUAUGCUCUUUUUUCUUCAUUUUCUCCUAUUUCUUUAUUACUUUUGUUUGCUUCCUUUAUAUUUUUCUGCUUUUCAUUCUUUUUUCUCUUUUUGUCUAGUAGUCUGAGAAAAGUGAAAUUUGCAUAAUGAAGGUAAAAUAAAAACAGGCCUUUUGGAGGUGGCUAAACUAGUGCUUUGAUCAUCUUCUGGGCCCAUAAAAAUGAUGUCAAGAAGAUUUCAAAAGUUUGUAAUUCUGCUCGAGUUUGGACGUAGGGAUCCUAACUAUGUUGGAGGUAUUAGAAUUGUUUAAACUUAUAAUAAAAGCAAGUAGGUUCCUACUGUACCUGCACCACGUCUCACUGAUUGGUGCAGUUGCCAGGAGAGUACCAAGCUGGUCGUAGAUCAGGAUUUUGUGCAAAGGCGCUUCCUUCUGCCUUGCAGGAUGCGCGCCUCCUGCGUCAUCACUGGCUAGUUUUCUGAAGUUAGAGAGGCCUGCGGGUGUUUUCCAUUCUCCUAAGUGUUUGUUUUGAACUCUGUCUCUGUGACUUGCGCUUUUGUAGCUUCUCUCAUGUGUCAGAGUAACAUUAUCUUCCUUCGAGGAGUUAGCAUUUUCCUAUUUAAAAAGGGGGGGGGGGGGGCGGGAGGGAUUGUCCCUGUUUUCUCUGUGGUUCUCAUUUCUCCUUUGUUUGUUUAUUCAAUUCCUGUGGGGCUUUUUCUCCUCCCUGAAAUGCUUUAUAGUGCAUGGUAUCUUCAUCAGCGUUAUUUUAACAAUAGUAAUUCACAAUCCCCAGAAGCCUAUUUUUAAAGCAGAAGCAAAAAAAUAAAAACAUCAACCCUCCCUCUUUUCUCUCAUUUCACCUUUCUGUGUUGAUUACUAAUCACCUUAGAUAUUGUUGCUAGUGGAUGUAUGGUAGAUGGAUUGAAGCUUUUCUGAUAAUUAUUACACGAUUUAAAACAAUAUAUAUUUAAAAUAAAAUAAAUAUAUACAGUAAAUGUAUUGGGCCAUGUUAACCUGCCAAUGAGAUCUGUGAAAAAAUAAUGGCCUCAUUUUUCCCUUUUUAAUUUCUUUUACCUUUUUGUGCAGCAGCUAUACGUGGCAUACAUGUAUUUUUUAACAAAAUAGGUAUAGAGUGUUUUUUUUUUUUACACUUUUAGCAUGUGGUGUUGAAGUAUUAUUACUGUAGAUCAAGUUUGUCUUCCGCACUAAGACGUGAGGAAAUUGUGAUUUGUUCUCUCCACCACAAUUGAAUUACACAUUUAUUAUCUUCUCUCAUUUUGAAACACUGCAGUUUACCGUGGGACACUGUAUAUAUUUCUUGCCAUAAUGGUAAAUGACUGAUUGAUAUAUUUAAGAGUUAAUAAAUUUGUGAUUUCUGCUGACAAUGUGUCCAUUUUUAUUUUUAAGAGGUACUGUAUUUAUUUAUGCAUGUGUGACGCUGGCUAGUGCCAAUGGCACUAUGUGGUCUCAUUAGUCCAUAAUUUACCUUUGACAUAAAGAUGAAGCUACUGAACUGAGCUUCCUUCUAAGAACGUACUUGGUGAUGCUAAUGACAAGUUACUGUGUGCACAAAGUCUGUCUCUCCCAGGGAAAUUUUUCUGAGAACAAAGCAGUUAGAACAAGAGUCCUAAAAAUUUCUCAAUGUGCCUUCCACUCCAUCCUUCUCAUGGCUGCUAGCUAGAUUCCAUUUUUAACCCAAAUCUGACCAAACCUGUGUUAUCUCCAAUAUAUAGGCAAGCGCCUCAUCUCCCGCUACCCCUCAACUUGAACUUGAGUGUACAGAAGUACUCAACUUCUUUCAGUUUAUUAAAAGCACCACACGUUUAUGUUUCUAGAAUAUUCUUCCCCUACUUCUUCAAUCUAAUUCUUACUCAUUCCUUGAAAUUCAAUUUAGACUAUCAUCCCCUCCAGCAAACCUCCCUAGACCAUGCUCUAAGCUCACUCUCUCUCUCUCUCUCUCUCAGUACUGACAAUACUUUGUGUUCACCUCUUCCGCCAACCACAUUGUUUUGGAAAUACAUCUUUGUGUGUUCUCUACUGGAGUAAUGCCUCUCUAGGCAAGAACUGUGUGUUUGUAUCCGUGGCUCCAUAUAAGAGCCAGGAAGGGAGACGUUGUUUGUUAGUAGUUGCUGAACCAUGGCCAAACCAUAAAUGGGAAACUCACAGUGCAGUCGGAGUCCUGGGUUUAUUGUUCGGUUCUGUCGUUGUUGUCUUUGACACUCUGAGCAAUUUGCCUCUUCCCUCUGAACCUUCGUUUUCGUGUUUAUAAAA